CUCUCUCUCUCUCUCUCUGAGUAGCAACUUGGUGCGACACUCUCCUAUCUUCUUUGCACAUCGCUUCUUCUUCUAAUCUUCCUUCCUGCAGCUCGCCAGAGCAUCUCAUGUUGUUUGUUUCCAAACCUAGUUGCACUCUUGUCGGUUGCAUCUCAGAUUGUGUCACCACCCGCGCAGAUUAGGGAUCUUAUUUAGGAUAUCUACAGCUUCCAGAGUGGUCUAUAAACUCCAAGGUCAUAGCUAGAUUCAGUUUCCAAUGGAUAAUCACUCAUUGCCGCCGAGCACUAGCACCACCGGACUUGUGUUUCCAUCUUUGGUGGCUGGAGGAGUCAAACCUGAAGCUGCUUUGGUCAUGGACUGGUCUGCUGAAGAGCAGUAUGUAUUAGAGAACGGCCUAGCAAAAUUAAAAGAUGAGCCCAAAAUUUCAAAGUAUGUAAAGAUCGCUGCUGCUCUACCUGAUAAAACUGUAAGGGAUGUAGCUCUGAGGUGUAGAUGGAUGACGAGAAAACGGACAAAAAGAGAGAAAAACAGUGCUGGGAAGAACAUUAGCAAUAGAAAGGUGGUGGAUACAUCCCCAGAACUGAACAUGCUAGCCAAUCUGCCACAACAAAAUGCUUUAUAUGCCAUGAACAAUAACUACCACAGUACACACAUGCCUUUUGAAGGUAUAAGUGACUCAGUAAUGGCUCUUCUACAGCAAAACGCUCAAGCUUUUAGUCAAAUUUCAUACAACCUCUCCGCGUACAAACCGCAGGAUAACAUCAGUAUCUUUUAUCAGGCAAGAAAUAACAUCAGCGCCAUUCUGACUGACAUGAAGGAGAUGCCUGGUGUCAUGAGUCGGAUGCCGCCUCUACCUGUUUCAGUUAACGAUGAUCUUGCAAGCCGUUUAUUGCCGAGUACAACAACACAGCCAAUACCAUACACCAUUCAACCAAACAUCAACAUGAAGCAAGAGCCGAGAAGUUGA